CUUGGUCUCCUUCUCAAAGUUGCCCCAUGCGCUGAGAUUUACGUUGCCAGAAUCGCACGGCGAGAGACUCUGGAUCCAAAUACUUACGAUGACAUUGCAAAGGCCAUUGACCACGCCGUGAAACAAUGGAAAGUGGAUGUUAUAUCAAUGUCGUUUGGCAUCCGUGAAUAUCACGAAUUGAUGAGCACAGCCAUCUCGAAUGCACUCAACAGUCGAACGCUGUUGUUCGCGGCGGCAUCGAAUGAUGGAGCAAACCUCGGCAGAGCUUUUCCAGCUAAAUAUCCCAGCGUCUUUUGCAUACACUCGACAGAUGGAAAUGGUAAUCCGUCUAGCUUCAACCCUACAGCAAGCAACACGGAUGUAAAUUUCAGUCUACUUGGAGAGCAUGUCUCUUCUCACUGGCCGGCUGGCAUGAACGGACACGAUCAGACCGUCAAUUUCAUGUCAGGGACAUCGGUGGCCACGCCAAUUGCCGCUGGCCUGGCCGCAUCGGUCCUAUCGUUUGUCCGACAGGAGGAUCAGCAUAUUGCCAUAGAAAAAGAAAGGUUGGGCCCGUGGCUGAAGAGAGACAAUUCCAUGGAUGCAGUUUUCAAAAGCAUGGUCAGGCAGAGGCGAGGAGCAGGCUAUGACUACAUCACACCUCAUGUGCUCUUCGACAGCGGAUCGACAAGGGGGGAUGUGUACGGGAAAAUCAAAGAGAUCAAACGAAGCAUGUACAAAUACUAGUCAGUGUACGAGUGGCUGUUGAAGCGUC